AUGAUCCGCUUCCCUGCACGUCUCAAAAGGGCGUUUGUGAUUGCCUGUCUCAUAAUUCUUGUUUACAAGUUCAUCCUUGGCGGUGACUUUUCAGCGGCUCCGGCAACGAUAGAAUCGAAUGCUGCAAGCAUCCUUGGCUGGCAAUCCGCCGAACCCGAGGAUGAGGAUGCUUACCUUCACUUCAGUCGCAGACUAGUCCGCAUCCUGAAGGACACCAAGCCCCCGGUUGCAUCCUUGACUAAGACCAACAGUAUCUCCGCCAUCGGCUUUCAAGACAACAAAAGCAAACCUCUGAAACGACCCGAUUAUGUGCCCAUCACCUCUGCCCAGGUCGAGGAAAUGCGAUUGGCCCAUCGGGGUUUCGUAGAAGGAGUUUCCAACUUGACAUUGCCUUACAAGAAUGCAACUCGUGGUAUAGUCUCUACUGCAGGUGGAGCACACUUGCCAAUUUUCAUCGUCUCCCUCCGCAUGCUGAGGCGCUCUGGUAGUGUCCUGCCUGUCGAACUCUUCUUGCGAGCUGAGGAGGAACGCGGCGACAACUAUCUGUGUCAAGAACUGCUUCCCUCACUCAACGCUCGCUGUGUGGUUUUGGAUGACUUCUUUCCUUCUGGCCUGAUCAAGCUCGAAAAGUAUCAAUACAAGAUCUUCUCCGUCUUGUUCUCAAGCUUCGAAGAAGUGCUCCUGCUCGAUGCAGACAAUUUCCCUGUCCACAACGUGGAUCACGUCUUCAAGGCAGAGCCUUUCACGUCAAAUGGUUUGGUGACAUGGCCAGACUUCUGGAUUUCGUCAGCAUCUGAAAAGUUUUACCAGAUUCAAGGAAAGCCCGUACCAUUGACUACUGUCAGGGCUUCAACAGAAUCGGGUCAAGUCAUCGUGUCCAAGCGGACUCACUCGGCAGCACUGCUGGUCUCUGCAUACUACAAUUACUACGGGCCUUCGCACUACUACCCUCUACUGACUCAAGGAGGCCCGGGUGAAGGGGACAAGGAAACGUUCCUAGCGGGUGCAGCUGCAGUUGACGCGCCCUUCUACCAGGUAUCUGAACCAGUCAGAAUCCUCGGCUAUGACGAGAAUGGAGAGCUGCGAGGAGUAGCGAUGCUGCAGUCAAAUCCUGUUGAUGAUUUUGUUGCUUUGGUCAAACCGAUGCCCUUUACCAUCCAUGCAAACUUCCCAAAGAUGGAUCCCAACACUUUGUUCAACCAAGAUGGUCCAGCUAUCAAUCACCAGACCGGAGAACACCGCCGACUAUGGGGCAACAAGGAAAAGACGAUCCAAACCUUUGGUAUGGACGUUGAGCGAGAGCUCUGGGAAGAAAUCAGACAUGUCGCUUGCACUCUUGGCGGCGUUUUUGUACAUUGGAAAGCAGAUGCACCUCGGGAGUGGAAAAAAGGAACAUGUGAAAUGGUUGAAGAGCACAUCAUCAAGGUUUUUGGUGUAGACGUCGAAGAGAACUCGUACGGUGCUCUCGCGUCAUAA